CUGCGCCGACUACACAUAUCCCCCUGCUUCUCCAUCACUACCGCUUCUGAGAGAAUCCCCAAAAUCAGUUCUCACGCAGAGACCUCGCAGUUUUCACUUUUCAGCAAUACCUCGCUGCUGCUUCUGCUGGCCCCUAAAGCGAGAUAUGAAGAUAGCGUCAAGAAGGCAGGAGUGGUGAACAAUUGUGCAGCAGCAGCAAAGAACCUACAUGGCGGGAAUUUCUUGAUAUAUCCAUUGAUGGGAAGCCAACAGGUCGACUCGUCAUUGGUCUGUAAGAUGAUGUUGUCCCGGUUGGCGCUUCCAGGUCUAGUAAACUGGUGGGUGGGCAAGCUGGCAUCACCUACAGAGAAAGAAUUCGUCAAAAUCACAUCGAACUACGUGCAACAUGGUGGGGGGGUUAUUGUUAGGGAUCAGUUAAAGCCACCACCGAAGCUGAAGUUGGUGGCAAAGAAAUGGGAGCUGGAGAUCGAUGAGGAAGAAGUUGGGAGUGAUCUGAAUGGUACGGAGAUUGUGAUUGCGACUAAGGAUUCACCCGAGCUUGACGCUGCAGCCUUGGUUAUUGAGAGAGUGUUACAAGGGAUGGGGUUGUAG